AUGAGAAGUCCAACGGGAUCGUUGAUCGCGCAGAACACCACAUUGGGGUGGAUCGUUUCAGGUGUAGUUGACACUGCCAAUGUAACUGAAGAAAAGAAUAACAAAUCUAAGGCCAUUUCAAGAAAUAUAACUGUCAUGCACGCACAAGUAAAUGAGGACGACAUUUUAAGGAAGUUUUGGGAAAUUGAAGAACAACUACCUGAUAAACGGACUAUCCUAACCGAAGAAGAACAACGCUGUGAGGACUUCUUUACAAGCACCACAGUGAGAACACCCGAAGGUCGUUACAUUGUGAGGUUACCAUUUCGUGGAGAUCAACCGCAAUGCACGAAUCACGGGUCUAAAGAUAUCGCAGAAGCUAGAUUUAGAUCUUUGGAAAAAAGAUUCGCAAAGGACAAACACCUAAAAGAAAAGUACACAGAAGUAAUAAAUGAAUAUCUAACUUUAGACCACAUGAGGCCAGCCAAUGAGAACAUAAAGGAAAAUGAAGCAACUUAUUUACCACAUCACGCUGUUGUACGAGAUGAUAAAACGACAACAAAGGUUCGAGUGGUAUUUAAUGCCUCAGAGAAGAACAAGAAAGGCGUAUCAUUAAACGAUACUCUUAUGAUUGGCCCCACUAUACAAGCGGACCUUCGCCAUACUGUGAUGCGAUGGAGAGAACACCCGAUUGCUUUAGUAGCGGACAUCGUCAAAAUGUAUCGCCAGGUUUUAGUAGCAGAGGAAGAUGUGAAGUACCAACGUAUCCUGUGGCGCGACGAACCUGAAAAACAAAUAAAGGAAUAUGAAUUACUGACAGUUACUUUUGGAACAGCAUCGGCGCCUUACCUUGCGGUCAGAGUGUUGCAGCAAAUCGCCAUGGACGAAGGCCAAGAAGUUCCUCAAGCUGCUGAAAGGAUUUUACAGAGCUUUUAUAUGGACGAUCUGAUGACUGGUUGUUCAAGCGUCGAAGAAGGUGUAGAGCUCUAUAAUCAGUUAAGCAAAUUAUUAGAAAAAGGCGGAUUUAAAUUACAAAAGUGGAACAGUAAUGAUAAAACGUUAGUUGAAACUAUCAAGGAGAAGGAAAGGGAAAGUGACGGGUUAGUGACAGAGGAGGUGAUAGAAGGAAAUAAGGACAGGGAUACACAAAAACCAGAACAAACAGAACUAAAACUCAAAUUAGACCAAACAGUAAAAAUAUUAGGACUUACCUGGAAUCGCGACGACGACUUCCUGCAGUACUCGCCUUCGUUCUCUGCUUCACAAGUGGGUUUCGAUUCAAUGCAGAAUGCUCUUCUAAUCCCUAAAUAA